AUGACUGCAGUUCCUAUUAGCUUCCUUUUGAAUUCUUCAGAGUUUAUACCUUCUCUUGAGAUUGGGAAGACACUGAGUGCUAAUGAAGUGAGGAUUGUGAAUGAGAUUGGUUCCUUAGCAGAGUCAUUAUCCCUCAAUCUUAGACUACUUGAACCCCGUUCAUUUCCCGAGUUUAGGAUAAGGGAGGGCCAUUUCUCGCAUUGCUCCAAGAUAUACUUGGAAGAGUGGUUUGUUUCCAAUUCAGCAUCUCCUUACCUCAGCAGUUCCGAGGCUCAUAGGAUCUGCGAAAAAACUGGCCUCACCUUGAAACAGGUUCAGAACUGGAUGGCAAAUCGCAGAAGGAAAUGUAGGAGAAUUAGCAUUGAACCUGCCCUCUUGCCUCUUCUCGAUUGA